AUGGCCACUUUCCAUCUCAGGCCAGUCUCAGACAAUUCCCCGUCUCCAUCGCCAAGCGCCUCAACAACGCCGCCAGGCGACCACAGCCCCGCUUCGUUCAAGGGUCGUCCAGGAAUGCUACCCUCCCCGACAUCCAAUGCAGCUGCAGGGGGCAGAGGAGUGCGCAGACCACUGUCGCCCAGUUCUCUGAGAGACGUCGAUCUCACUCCUCAUUCGUCCGAUCCGCCACUCAGAAAGUACCCGGCACCACCCACAGGACAUGAUCUUAUGGCCAUGUUCCCCCCACCACCGCCCGACUUGUUCCCUGAAAUGAGACCAGGGCCGACGAGCGGCUUCUUUCAGCGACAGGAGCGCGCGUUUUUUGCUCAGGCUGGGAAGGAGAUAGUCCGUGUGCGUGUAGAAGUCGAUAUAUCAGACCUCGAUCCUGCGUCCUCAGCGAAGAUGAGAGCACCGGCGCGCGAACAGUCCGCUCCACCGAGACCGUGGCCGCAGCAACAGCUUCACCCUGCGCCUACAGCCUCAGCCUCAUCAGGCCCAGGCGCUCCGGGUCCAAACUCACAUGCCUCUCCAUCACAAUCAUCGUCUUCUCUGCCAUACCCACCACAAAACAUGCGAUCCGGCAGGCAGAACGUUCCGAUGACAUCCACUCCUCUGUUCCCAUCUCCUCAUUCGCAGCACUCGCAGCCGCCACCUAAUCUCCAUCCUCCUCCAACAUUGCAUCACCCAACACUUGGUUUGCGUACUCCCGGUCAAGAAAAUGGACCCAACGCUACACCCAAACAGGAAUUCCCUUCGGAAGAGUAUCGCGAAGACCCAGAUGAGGCGUGGCGGCGGCCGAUGCCUUACGCCGAGAGGAGACGGGCUGGGAAGCACACGAGACGUGUUAUCGUCAAGAACUGA